GAAAAUCUAAGCCAAACACAAGAUAAAGGUUAGCUCAAACCCUGAAUCAAUAAAACAAAGUCGGAAAAAAUGGCCAUUCAACACAACUUUCCCUACCGGACUUACAUGACCCAACAAAAUUCCGGUGACCGGAAAGAUGACUCGACGGAGAUUACAAUCCCUUCCAACAACUUACCCGCCGAACAAUUCCUGCCGCUAGCAACCGCAUUCAGACGGCGGCUUCUAACUGGAAUUGGUUCAGCUUCUCUAGUCUUCGUCGGUGCUAACUUUGCCGGUACAACGAGUUUUCUUCUUGGAUUGUCGCCGGAAACUGGCCGGAAUCUCAAACUUGAUGUGAUUUAUCCCAUCAAAGGUUUCAGCCGGUGCAUCAAACCGGAAGAAGGAUUUGAAUUUAUAUACCCUGCAAAUUGGGUUGGAGAUCAGACCUUGUUGUAUAGAGCAGCCGGGAAGGCAGAGCUGGAAAGAUCGCUAGAUCUGCCGCUGCUGAACCGCCGUAGGAAUGUAAACGAACCGGUGGUUGCCUUUGGUCCACCAGGGUCAAGUGGUGAGCUCAACGUUAGCGUCGUUGUCUCUCCUGUUCCUCUCGAUUUCUCAAUUGAAGCAUUUGGAGGUCCAGAGGAGGUAGGAGAAGCCAUUGUUCAGAAGAUUAUAGGGUCCGUUAAACGGUCGGACGUUAAAGGAACACUGAUAAGAUCAAAAUUAAGAGAAGAUGAAGUGAAGGAAGUGAAGUACUAUGUGUUGGAAUUUGCGGUAAAAAGCGCUUCGUUUAGGCGGCACAAUGUGGCGGUUUGCGGUGCUCGUGGUGGACGUUUAUUCACUCUCAACGCACAGACACCGGAAUCAGGAUGGACCAUUCUUAAACCAGACUUUUACAAGAUUGCUGAUUCUUUUAGCCUAACGUUUUAGUCAAAGAUUGCUGACUCUUUUAGCCUAACGUUUUAGUCACAAGCAAGACUUAUGAGUGAAAACUAAAGCGAAUGGUUUUGUUGUC